AUGGACUUUCUCAAACCUGCGGAAGUCACCCCGAUCGCAACAUACCAUGUGAUGGACACCCAUAGUUCAGUAGCAGACCCUAGCCGAGCACCACCGGAUGUCACAGACGAGCAGGUCCUUGAAUGGUACAAGAACAUGGUAACUGUCAAUAUUAUGGACAACAUCAUGUUCGAAGCCCAAAGACACGGCCGCCUCAGUUUUUACAUGGUCUCCGCCGGAGAAGAGGCUGUCAUGAUUGGCUCCGCAGCCGCACUGGGCGCUAAAGAUGUGAUCACUUGCCAAUAUCGGGAGACCGGAGUUUUCCUCCAGCGUGGCUUUGAAUUGAAAGAUUUCAUGAGCCAAUUGACCGCCAACUGCAACGAUCCUGGUAAGGGACGAAACAUGCCGGUGCAUUACAGUGGUAAGAACAAGGUCAACAUCCAUGCCGUUGCAUCAACCCUGGCUACACAGAUCCCACAUGCGACUGGUGCUGCAUACGCGCUAAAAAUGGACGCCCUGGAAAACCCCGACAAGCCUGGUAACGUUGCGGUGACCUACUUCGGUGAGGGAGCCGCAAGCGAGGGGGAUUUUCAUGCAGCACUUAAUGUAGCUGCCGUGAAAGAAUGCCCUGUCAUUUUCAUCUGCCGAAAUAACGGAUUCGCUAUUUCAACACCUACUAGUGAGCAAUAUAUCGGAGAUGGGGUGGCUCAACUAAAGAAGCUCGACGAAAGGCUCUGGAAGGUGGGGGGGCGGCCAAUUCUCCUUGAAAUGAUGAGCUACCGAGUAUCUCAUCACAGCACUAGCGACGACAGCUUUGCGUAUCGUGAUCGAGAUGAUGUUGAGGCUUGGAAGGCUCGCAACGAUCCACUCUUCCGGCUGAAGGUGUGGAUGGAGAAGAAGGAUCUUUGGGAUUCCGAGAAGGAAACGCAAUUCCGAAAGACAACCAGAGCUGCUGUUCUUCGGGAGUUGGUAGCUGCCGAAAACGAGAAAAAGCCAGCGCUUAGGGGCAUUUUCGAUGAUGUGUAUGCCGAGCUGACAGAGGAGGCAAAGGAGCAGAGAGGGGAUCUAUACAGGCUGAUGAUGAAAUAUCCUGAAGAGUACGAUAUAAAUGACCACGAAGAAGGGAUUCGUGGUCUUUCCUAG